AUGUGCCCACUGCAGCGCCGCAUGUUGUGGCAAUUGAGUAGUGUGGCGUCACACCGCUUGGCGCUUACGCAAUGUGCCCCUUCGGCGCGCAACUGCUGCUGUUUCUCGCUUAGAUGCUUCUCCACCGUCGGUUGUGGUGCGGCGUGCGCGACCAACACCAGUGGAAGUGGAAGUGACAACACAAAUAAGCGUGCGGGUGAUGCGAUAAGUAUACCAUCUAUUAUAUUCUUUGGUGGCGACAUUGUGUCUCUGGUAGCCCUCAAGAUGUUGCAUGAACGUCUUGAGAAGAUAAAGGCGGUGAUUGGAGUUGAGAUGCCUCCUUCUGAAGAGCAACAGUGUAUACCAAGUACUCCAGCAAGGCCACAGCUUGUUGUGGUGUGCCCGUUCCUGCCCGGUGAUCCAAAAGCCGUAUCGCAGCGGCACCGCCGUCAGUACCCCGUGGCGCGUUACUGUGUCGAACAGGGCAUACCACUGCUUCCUGUUGACCACCCGACAUCUCUUGCGCAGAGUGGGACGUUGCGGUAUCUUCUUCACCCAUGGCACAGUUCUUUGGAAGAAGGCGGCGGCUCAGCGCGGGAGGAGGGUGGGUACAUAGCAGGCCAGCCACUGGAGGCAUUUGAUGUUGCGGUUGUAGUGUCGUUUCGUUACUUCCUCCCCAACAGACUCCUAGAGCGACUCCCACGUACCGUCAAUAUUCACCCAUCGCUUCUGCCGCGGUAUCGCGGAGCGAGUCCCAUCUUCGCGCCGCUGCUGCGCUGCGACGAGGCGGGUGGGGCAAGCAUCAUCAAGAUGGCGGCGCGGCAAAAGCUGAUGGACUCGGGUGACGUCUUGUGGCGACAAUCGGUGCCGAUCCCGCGCGACAUGAGCGUCCGCGAGUACUUCCCGCUCGUGACGCGGCUGGCGGCGGCGGGGCUUUGCGAGUGUCUCUUCGGCGGGCCGCCUGCGCUGUCUCCCACCACCGACUGGCACGCGGUGGACAUCGCCGCCGACGCAGUGACGGAUGCGGCUGCAUGUAGCGUGUGCGACUGGCCACGCAGCUUUGACGCCCGCUGGAGUGCGGCGUGGCCGCAGAACUACAAUGUGCACUUCAGAGAUGAUCCAUACCAUGCAUCGCGGUUACCGAAAGACAGAGCUGUGCUUCAUUGGGAUGCCAUGACUGCAGAGGAGGCAUACGGCACGUGGCGGGCCUUUGUCGGUGGGGAGUACUUCAGUCCAACUGUCAAUGCGAUACUUGACAAGGGAGCGACACCUGUGCGGGAGCAGCUGCUGAAGCGACUGCUUCUUGGCGCGGCUCGGAAGAUUAAAAAAAGCAUCUGCGAUCAUCAAAAUCCACACGAGGGGACACCAUUAUCAUCAUCAUCAUCAUCGCCACCACCGUCGUCAUCGUCUGCAGUAGUAGGCGAAGGCAACUGCGGCGGCUUGUCAUCACCACCGUCAACAAGUGCAACGAGUGGCACGGCGACGACAGAGGAGAUGUCAGUGGAAGCAGAUGAUCAUCACCAUCUGCACCGCCAUCUUCUCAUUCCCUGCACAUUCACUGACGCCGUACAUCCAAGAGAUGUUCCCAGUGCUGUGUGGCAGGAGCUUCGGCAGCUGGAGAAAGGGGACGAUUCUGCGACGAUACUGGCGGUUCAUCAACACCAUUACGAUGACCACGACGUGGAGAGCCAUAUUUCGCCUGGCAGUGCCUACUUCCCCAAAGCAGUUGAGGAUAUGUGUGCGGUGAAGUGUCGUGCGGGGUGGUUCGUGUGGCAGAAGGCGACACUGAAGGGGUCCACAUCUCAGCCAGCCUACUUGCUCCGAAAAGGAAUGGCCAUGAAGACUGGUGUGCUGUACGUCGGUCUCUUCGUGGAGAACAAUGAGGGUGAAUAG